AUGACCUUCCAUUGGGAUAAGCUCUCGCCAGCUGAAUUCCAACAACUUCAGGACUUGGCAGCUUAUUCCACACGGAAGCUCCAGGAUGUUCUGGCCGAAUUUUGUGGGAGCAACACGACGCCGAGUGGCGUGCCGAAAUAUCAUCCGGACGGAGACAUCGAUUACGAGGGUUUUCGCAAAUUUCUGAAUUCGUAUCUGGAGAUUGAUACGCCGGAAGAAUUAUGCCGACAUCUUUUCCUUUCGUUCGUCAGGAAGGGCUCGCGCGGAGUGGAUGGCAAAGCCUUCAAAGAGAUGGCCGUGCUCUCCUCAACAACCGCCUGCGCCGCAAUUACAUCGCACACGACUUCCAGCAGUAACGUUAAUAGCACCGGCGUACCAGGUGGAGCAUCUACGGAGGGUCACGUUGGAUCCUCGUUGGCCGACAAAAUUCAUGGAAUUACGGAAAAAUUGCAAGCUCUAGGUCAUCAUAGAACGGAAAGCGAAAUCUCGAGAACGAAAACAGGAAGCGUGCAUCCGAUGUUAACGGUCACCCAUACGUCGUACAGCUGUCACGACGUACUAGAGAAAAAGAGCACAGACAGCAGUCCAAGUCAAAGCCAAAUGUCGCGUAAUUCAUCCAGGAAGUCGAACAAUUCCCUUCUUGUCAACAACGGGAAAUUGGAAGAGAUGAGACAUCUUGUCAGAAAGCAAAGCACAAUAGACGUUCAGUCCGUUAAAGUUAGCCUCAAAGACAUCGUUUGUUAUCUCUCUCUCUUGGAAGCCGGCAGACCGGAAGAUAAACUGGAAUUCAUGUUCCGGCUGUAUGAUACGGAUGGGAAUGGCGUCCUUGAUACGAACGAGAUGGACUGUAUCGUAAAUCAAAUGAUGAAUGUCGCGGAGUAUCUCGGCUGGGACGUCAGCGAGUUAAAGCCGAUUCUGCAAGAUAUGAUGAUAGAAAUUGACUACGACGCAGAUGGUACAGUUUCGCUGGAAGAAUGGAAGAGAGGUGGCCUCACGACAAUACCCCUGCUAGUUCUUCUGGGUUUGGAUUCCCACGUGAAGGAAGACGGAAACCAUCUGUGGAGGCUAAAACAUUUCAGCAAACCCGCGUACUGCAAUCUCUGUCUAAAUAUGUUGGUUGGCCUCGGCAAGAAAGGGCUAUGUUGCGUCUUUUGCAAAUACACGGUACAUGAGAGGUGCGUACAAAGAGCGCCAGCAUCCUGCAUAGCCACAUAUGUUAAGAGUAAGAAGACACCUCAAACAAUGGCUCAUCAUUGGGUCGAAGGUAAUUGCCAUGGAAAAUGUUCCAAAUGCAGAAAGACCAUCAAAAGUUACAAUGGCAUUACCGGUUUACGCUGCAGAUGGUGUCAAUUAACCUUGCACAAUAAAUGUGCGUCACAAGUGCGAGCAGAAUGUACGCUCGGCGAUCAUGCGAUACACAUCCUUCCACCUACGGCAAUUUGCCCUGUUGUACUCGAGAGACAAAGGUCAUUGUCGAAGGACAACAAACGUGGUAGCAAACUCUGUCAGGACAGCUCGUCGGUCAGUUCCGGUGUUUUCCUGAGCUGCGGUAGUGGGUCGAAUCAGCAACCAGCUAUGUCUUUUCAAAUUACACCACCGGAAGGUACAACGCCGCUUUUGGUUUUUAUAAAUCCAAAAUCGGGCGGUCGGCAAGGGGAGCGAAUGUUACGGAAGUUUCAAUACGUUCUAAAUCCUCGGCAAGUUCACAAUCUAGCAAUCGGUGGGCCCAUGCAGGGCCUACAGAUGUUUAAGGAUGUGGAAAAUUUUAACGUAAUCUGUUGCGGCGGCGAUGGAACAGUUGGCUGGGUUUUAGAAACUAUGGAUCGUGUGCAAUUCGAGAAACAACCUGCCGUUGGCGUUAUACCUCUUGGUACAGGCAAUGAUCUUGCCAGGUGCUUACGUUGGGGUGGUGGUUACGAAGGAGAAGCGAUACACAAAGUACUGAAGAAAAUAGAGAGGGCGACACAAGUGAUGAUGGAUCGCUGGCAAAUAGAAGUGGAUCAAAAGGACGAGAAAAAACCGAAUCAAGAUAGCAUACCAUAUAAUAUCAUUAAUAAUUAUUUCUCGGUGGGCGUCGACGCCGCUAUAUGCGUGAAAUUUCACAUGGAGAGGGAAAAAAAUCCCGAGAAAUUUAAUAGCAGAAUGAAAAAUAAAUUGUGGUACUUCGAAUACGCAACCACGGAGCAGUUCGCUGCUAGUUGUAAAAAUCUUCACGAAGAUCUCGAGAUAAUUUGCGAUGGUACGCCUCUGGAUUUAGCGCACGGUCCAUCUCUGCAAGGAGUCGCAUUGCUAAACAUUCCUUUCACUCACGGAGGUUCGAAUCUCUGGGGCGAACAUCACACGCGGCACCGUCUUGGCAAGCGAAAAAAGCGACCCGACAAAGAACUCAGUACAAGCAGCUUCAAUUCCGUAGAUCUCACGGCCGCUAUUCAAGACAUCGGGGACAAUCUGAUAGAGGUAAUUGGUCUGGAGAACUGUUUGCACAUGGGUCAAGUGAAGACUGGACUCCGACAUUCCGGCCGGAGGUUGGCCCAGUGUAGCAGCGUCACCAUCAUCACGAGCAAACGAUUCCCCAUGCAAAUCGAUGGUGAACCUUGGAUGCAGGGUCCUUGCACGAUUCGUAUUACGCACAAAAAUCAAGUACCGAUGCUGAUGGCACCACCGCCAGAUAAGAGCAAAGGCUUCUUCCGAUUCUUAAAGAGAUGAACGCAGCAACUUUACACUUUUACCGAAGGAGGAUGGAUAUUAUCGAGUGAAAAGAUCAAUUCUGUCUCUACCCAGUCUUGUCAUUGUCCGGCACGUUUAUUCCUCUUUAUUACGGCGGAAAUGUAUCGGUUCCAUCGUAUAUAGUCGCAGCUUCGAUACACGUCUAAACGCGAAGAACAUGAACGUCAACGCGCCUUAGGUAUUCUUGUGUACAGUAUUUUUCAAAAUAAACGAAAUUUUAUGUCCUAGUUUUAGAUCACGCCAAACGGUAGACUCGACCAUCUUAAGCCUUUUUAACGUUAGAAAUUUUCAAUUCGUUCGUUUGCCCUUAACUGGUAAAAUAUGGACAUCAAACGGAAAGACAUCAGUUCUUCGUGUACGAUACGUACAUAACAUAAUUCUGUCGCUAAAGCUUAAUGUCGUCUUUCAGUCGCGAAUUCGACAGAUUUAAUUUAUGAAUUCGCUUCAAUUAAAGUAUCUUUCAAAUUUAGCGAAAACAAGUUCGUCGACACAAAAGACGUCGUCUUUCCAGUUAAGGGUCAAAUUACCUCGCGCAAAUAUCAAUCGCACAGCGAGUGCUUUCACGUUGCGAGUUUUGAGUCUACCGCUUCUUACAUGUGCAGAUCGAUCGGUGCAUGUAAUUAUCGCAGCAAAUAGACGACAUAUUAACACGGCGAGUAUUAUGCGGCAUCGUGCAAACGAGAGUGGAGUUGAAACCAUUUCAACUUAAUGCGGAUGUGGAUACGAUUCUUUCAAGAUCUAUCGCCGAAUAAUUAGCGUCUCUAGCGUAGAAGGAUGGACAGAGCAGAUGGACUGGACUGGUCGAUAUUUUCGCUUGUGAUACGUGAUAUAUUCCUAAUUCUGAUUCUCCUUUGCACGAAUCCGUCCGUCAAACACGAGUUACAUACUUUCCUCAAUUAACUCUAUAGGUUUUUUGUACCAAGGCUUAGCCGUAAACGCUUAAUAAGGCAUAAAUCAUGACUUAUUUAUUUAUUUAUUUAUCUGUACGACAUAUUUAUUUAUUUAUUUUUCGCGUACUUUAUAAGUCAC